AUGCGAAAACAUGUCUUCCUCCGUAUAGUGGAAGUUUUAACAACUCGUAAUGAAUGUUUCAAACAAAGGCCAGAUGCCACUGGUAGACUUGGUGCUUCUGGAUUACAAAAGUGCACAACAGCUAUACGAUUGUUAGCAUAUGACACAUCAGCUGAUUCAGUGGACGAUUAUCUACGAAUUAGUGCGUCUCUUGCAAGAGAUUCAUUGCAACAUUUUGUUGAAGGGGUUGUCUCCCACUUUAGUGAUGAAUAUCUGAGACGACCUACUGAAACAGAUUUAAAUAGAUUAUUAUUUGCAGUUGAACAACGUGGAUUUCCAGGUAGGUGUAAUGAUAUUAAUGUUCUUGAUAGAUCUCCAUUGUUUAACGAUGUUUUUGAAGGUCGUGUACCUCCAGUUAACUAUGUUGAAAGUCUUUUUGCCCAACAUCAAGAGGGUGUACGAAAAGAUGUGGAACGUGCAUUUGGAGUACUACAAGCUCGAUUUGCUAUAGUUCGUCAACCUGCUUUAGCUCGUGAUAGAGAGAUGUUGGGGAAAAUAAUAAUCGCUUGCAUUAUUAUUCAUAACAUGAUAGUUGAAGAUGAACGAGAUUCAUAUUCCCUUCAUUGUGAUCCCAAUGAUUAUGAGGAACCUCCACCUCCUAGUUCAAGUCAACAAAAUGCGCAAAAUUUCAAUGAACCAUUUAGAUAUGAAACUAGUGAGAAUCGCAUUGCAAACUUGCAAACAUAUAUGACUAAUAGAGUUCGAAUUCAUGACAAACCCAUGCAUGACCGCCUCAAGGCAGACCUAGUGGAAAAUAUUUGGAUGAAAUUCGGAGAAACCAGGCUUUAUUUAAGGCGUAGUGUUGUUUUACUUUAA